AUGCUUCCACUCGUGAUGCUGCUCGCCCUGACCGCGGCCGGGACACUUGCAGCACCCUCCUCCGCCAGAGCCACACCCAAAUACUCGAUCGAAUGGUCCAACUGCACCGAGAUCAACCUCCCGAACCUCCAAUGCGGGACCAUGCAAGUGCCGCUUGACUGGUCUGAGCCCGACGGGGCCCAAAUCAGCCUCUUCAUGACCAAGAUCCAAUCCACCUCGACCGCCAACUCGGGGACGAAGAUCGGCAGUCUGCUCUGGAAUCCCGGCGGCCCCGGCGUGACGGCGAGCAUAACAUGUCAACUGAUCGGGGCGGGCCAGCUCGAGUACUUCAGCGCCGCCCUGUACGAGCACUUCGACAUCAUAUGCCCGGACCCUCGCGGCGUGGGUCAGAGCACGCCCGUUCAGUGCGACCCGGCGAUCUACAACCAGAUGCCGCAGCUCUUCGUCGACGACGCCGCCUCGUUCCAGGACCUGGCCGACUGGAAUCACGCCUUUGGCCACAGCUGUCUCAACCGGACGGGGGCCCUGCUCCGCCACGUCGACACCACCUCGGCCGCGCACGACCUGGAGGCCAUCCGGCUGGCCCUCGACCAGGGCAAGAUGAACUGGUUCGGCAAUUCGUACGGGUCGCAGUUGGGGGCGGCGUACGCGGAGCUGUAUCCUGAAAAUGUCCGGGCUCUGGUCCUGGACGGCGUGGUGGACCACAGCCUCUCCGAGACCGUGGCAGAGGCGACCCUCGCGACGACGUAUGAGGCUGAGCUGAACCGCUGGUUCCAGUGGUGUCAGGCAAACACCUCGUGCGCCCUGCACGGACGGGACGACGUCCCGCAGGUGUUCGACCGCCUCGUCGCCCAAGCCAACACGGCUUCCAUUCUGGCCCCGGGCUGCUUGAACACAUCAGACACUCCUCUCGCGGGGACCUGCCAGCCCAGCGUGACGGGAUACGACAUGAUCUUCAACGCUGAGGGCGCGUACCUGUCCGAUCCGCGUCUCACGGGCUGGCCGACCUUGGGCGUCGCGCUCAACCAGUCGCUGGCCGGCAACGCGACGUUGCUGUCCAACGCCGUGCAGACGGGCGUCUCCAACGACGCCUUCUCCGGCAUCGCCAUCGGCUGCCUCGACUGGACGGCCAAGCACGGUCUGUUCCCCGAGCACCAGGCGCUGCAGCAGCUCGGCUCCGUCGUGGCUCCCCAUACGCUCGGCGCGAACCAGUUCUUCCAGUACAGCAGCUGGUGCUUCAACUGGCCGGUCCCGAUCGCCAAUCCACCGCACUCGCUGAAUACCUCGCAAGUGGCCAAGUUGCCGCCGGGAUCGGUCUUGCUGGUCAACGCCGAGUACGACCCGGAGACGUCGUACGUGUGGGCGCAGGGCGUGAAGGAUCAGCUGACGACUGCUGCUCCAAACGGCGAUGACAAGGCGGUGGUGUUGGUGAGAAAAGGCGACGGGCACACCAGCUACGCCAUCCAGGGCCAGGCUGCAAGGAUCAUGGACGCGUUUUGGGUCAACAGGACUGUGCCAGGCAACGGGACUGUGGUUGAUUCUUGA